GUUUCCCUCAAUCUAUCAAUUGUCAUCCACACCGUCCCUAGCAUGGGCAGAAUUGAUUCCUUCGAAUCGCUCAUGUCCACUUCGUUACCAGGUCCAUAGUGUCGAUCAACCCUCCAAUAUCGGCCCAUGAUUCACCACCUCCACGGUACAGCGGACCGGCGUUGAUAGCAUUUGAUUUUUUAGAGUCUUCAGCUUGAUCUUACUGCAAAGAUAUUUUCCUCUUCAAGCAAGGAUACCUGGCCUAUUGGCUCGCUGGCAUAGCGCACUAUGGCUGCGUCAAACAGAUCGUCCCGGAGAAAGACCUCGAACUCCUCAGCUGGUCGCAAAAAGCGUCGCUCAAAGCCGCGCCCUUGGCCCCCGGUUUCAGACGACCCGCUCGAAAAGAUCUGUUUCAAAAAAGAGCCCAUCCCAGAGGGAUAUGUCUUCGUACCCAAAGGAGACGUCUACAUUACUCGGAAUUGCCGGGUUAAGACCAAAGAGUCUAAGCAAACGGUCUACGCAGUCUAUGACAAAUCCAGUAAAUGGUCGCUGGGUCUCCGCGUGCCGUCCGACAUCUAUGAAACGGUCUCCCAAUCAGCGACCGAGACGGCGGAUUCUCGCGCCUAUGCUGUCAAGGUUCGCGAUGAGCGGGAUCAAGCGCACUCGCGGCAGCUUCUUCGCACCCAAUUCCCGCUCAUGCCUGAAGAUUCCCUGGAGAAGAUUCUCGAUCAUGCAUUCCUCAAGGGCUCCGGCCGUGUGGGACGAACUGCGAUGAAAACAGAUGCGAAGAAGGCCAAUCUUGCCGUUGAGGCUUACAUUCGGCACAAUUGCACUCCCUACGAUGCCCUCCUCAAUGACGGACUGGGACGUCUGGAGGCCAGGAAGGCCGUGUGGGACACGGUACGAGCUAUCAAGGCUACGUGGGAGAGGAAAUCCGUUGAGCCAGUGGAUGUGGUGGACCUUCGGAGCCCGACACCGCCUGAUUUGGAUAUGCAAUCAUCUGAUGAGGACUGCCUAAUGUCCUAGUUUAAGUGUGCACUUGGCCACGCCCCCCUAGGCGAAAGGUUGAAUGGCUUUACGAUGAAUCGACAUGGCG